AUGAGUCAGGCAAUACCAUUUGCCCAAAGACUCUCGCACCUUGAAUCUCGUGAAGCUGUUGCCAUACAAGGGAGCACCCGAAUUCCCGAUCAGUUGUCAGCAGAGUAUGAUGAAGUGGAAGGGAAUUCCUUUUUUGCGAUCGAGAGGUCCUGCAAAGGCGAUACCCGGAAUAUUGCACACGGGAGAGGCUUCAAAGAUCGUCGAGACUAUUACGUCCAAGCUGUCAAGGAUAUGACAGCUAUCGCCCAUUCCGCUCAAAAAUGGCCUCAACUUGGUACCGAUGCCUCGGACUUGUAUUUCGGCAAGGGCGCCGAUGACGAGCAGUAUUCUAAAGAUAUAGUUGCAAAAUUUCAAGGCAGCCGCAAAUUGGGCGCACCCACGGUGGGGCUUCGAUCCAUAUAUCACCCUAACUUGAGCAUCGGAUGCUACGUCAAUAACACCGCAGACCUAUUCUCUACGAUUUCCCGCGUCUCUUGCUGUGGAACUUUCUUCACAGUACCGACGAUCGAUGAAGUUUUCGACGAAUAUAAAUCUGCAGACCCAAGCACGCUUCAUCUAGAUUGGAUGAGAACAGGCGGGUCUUACCUGCUGCAUGAGUUGAUGCAUACAACAAAGAUCACGCAGACCCGGCCUCAUAUCAUUGACCAAGUAUUUGAUGGUGGAAAGCGCAUCUAUGGGCCGAAGGACUGUGCCAAAGCCGCAAAAUCGCAGUCGCAAGGAGGCGUAGGGCUUGAUAUCACGACAAAGAACGCAGACAGUUACGCCUCGUUUGCCAUAGCUUACCAAAAGUCCCUUCUAGCGAUGUACUGGAAAGACGUCUUCCAAGGAAAUGCCCCACCACCCGCGGCCGACAAUGAACAACCGCCUGCAGGUAUUCCAGACUUGCUGUCUGACAACGAUGCCUCGAAUAUCGAUUUCUCAUCCCCCGACCCUACGCCGGUCUGCGCUGGCACCCCGGCUGACAAGCCUUCAGCGUCUCAAUCCUGGAUUGCUGGGAAAAUCACCUCUUACUGCGAGCAGAUCUCAUCAAGCGGAUGGGUAGUGAAUUCUACACUCGGCCAGUACGGUCCAGUCGGCUACGCUGCUGGAGAUACAACACCUGCCUCGGCGAAUGAUCUUUGGAUCUCUGCUUCAUUCGACCCCAGUUGCAGCCAGGAUACUGGGUACCAAGUCGACAUCAACGAGUGCGAGAAGUUCUUGAACAUUGUGUUGAAUGGAUGCAACACCGAUAGUGUCGAUGCAAAGUACGGUGGACAGGUCGAAGGGAACUGCGCUCUGUGGAAUAUCACCACCCGCAUGGGUCACAAUCCGACUCCUCCAAACGGAAUUCCCCCUUCACCACUGGAUUUUCCUAAUGGGAAAUGA